GACAGCCUCCUUAGCCGUAUUGUUCUCGUUGGUGACGGUGGGCAGUUUACGAAUGGCAGACACCCUGUUUCUGACGCCAUAAGAGCUUCCGUUCCGCUGGACAAAAAAACAGUCGUCCUGUUCCUGGGCGAUAACGUUUACAAAGUUGGCCUUCCUGAUGACCAGGUAAUUACCUAUAACCUUGCGCGAAGCAUAUUGGACUCGCAAAUAUCCAUUGUUGCCAAUACCAAAGCCAGGCUGUACAUGAUACCCGGCAACCAUGACUGGAACAAUGGUCAGCCUGCUGGCUAUGAAACGAUCUUACGCGAACAAUACUAUGUCAAUCUGCUCGGCAAGGACAAUGUCCGUUUCUUCCCCCAGGACGGUUGCGGUGGACCCGUCGUUGUCGAUGUAGAUGACGAAACCAUACUUAUCAUAUUGGACAGCCAAUGGUGGAUACACCCUUAUGACAAACCCGGCAUAGAAUCCGAUUGCCCCUACAAAACAAAAGAUGAAAUCUUAACUCAACUUGAAGACAUACUCGCCAAGAAUUAUAAAAAACUGGUGAUACUCGCUACCCACCACCCAUUCCGCAGUAAUGGAGUUCAUGGGGGUUACUUCGGGUUAAAACAGCACCUGUUUCCCUUCACCGAAAUGAACAAGAACCUGUACAUUCCACUUCCUGUUCUCGGAUCCAUAUAUCCCAUCGCACGCAGUGUUUUCGGUACUCCACAAGACCUCAAGCAUCCUGAAUACGCAAACAUGGUGCAUGACGUUGAAAAAGUAGCCCGCAAGCAUCCUAACCUGAUCUUUGUUGCCGGCCACGAACACAACCUGCAACUAUUAAAAGAUAGCAGUUAUUAUUACCUCGUUUCCGGUAGCGGCUCCAAAACACAACGGGUCAAUAAGAGCCGCAAGAGUCUAUAUGUCGCUCAGGAAAACGGAUUUGCUACACUGGAGAUAUCAAAGAAUAAAAACGUACGUGCGUCAUUUUACACCGUUUCCGAUUCGGUACGAAAACCAUUCUCCGAAAAUAUCAUGAACUUUUCCAAGCUGCCCGAACUGAAAGAAGCAGCACCGGAAGUGAAAAAGAACGCGGAGUUCAAAGACACCGUCAAUGCUGCUGCCAGUGAAAAAUAUAAAGACCCUUCAGCUGUUCAGCGUUGGGUAAGCCAGGAAGAUGAUAAUAAAAUUAAAGUGACUGUGUACGAAAGGAGAGAGCAGAAGGAUACAGCAAUCCGGCUUUAUCAAAGAAUUUUUGAUCAUAAAACAACGAAAGAACUUCGCUUAUUCGGCUUACACGGGAAUGAUCUUUUUGAAGUAGACAAUGAUGCUAAAUCAAAGAUAAAAAUCCGGAUCAUCGGCGGUAAAGGCAAUGACACUUUCGACAUAAAAGGAAGCGUUGCUGUACAGCUUUAUGAUAUGGAUACGUCCGCCAACUACAUUCUCAAUAAGAGUCAUACGCGCAUGUUUUUUUCAUCACACCCUAGCGUUAAUGAAUUCAAAUGGGUGGAAAAUCAAUACCCCAUCACCCGGUUUCCAAGGAUCGGAGUUGGUUUCAACAAUGAUGACGGCUUCUUUAUCGGGGCA